AUGAUGCGCUCGGCUCUCCCUCUCCGUUCUAUGCGCUUCGCGGUGCAGCGCCGCGGCAUGGCGUCUGCCGCGCGCGACGCCCUCCUCAAGGAAUCGCCUGACGAUGUCGUCAUCACGUACGCGCGCCGGACGCCGCUCACGCGUGGCAAGAAGGGCGGGCUCCGCGACACGUCCGCCGACGGCCUGCUGUACAAGAUGCUCAAGGGCGGCAUUGCCGAGAGUGGCAUCAAGCCUGAGCAGGUGCAGGACAUUGUUGCAGGCACGUGUCACGCUCCUUCGCCUUGUUACGAGGUGCGCGCCGCGUCGCUCGCGGCGGGAUUCCCCGAGUCCACGCCUGCUGAGGCCGUCAACCGCCUUUGUGGAUCUGGCCUCAUGGCGCUCCGCCACGUCUCGGACUCGAUCCGUGCUGGUGACAUUGACAUUGGUGUUGCCGUCGGCUACGAGUCGAUGUCGAGCAACCCUCGCCCCACCCCUGUAUUCAAGGAGGCGGCGAUCCUCGAGAACCAGUCGUCUGUUGACUGUGCCAAGCCCAUGGGCUGGACCUCGGAGAUGCUCGCGCUCGACUACGACAUCUCGCGCCAGAAGCAGGACGAGUAUGGUCUGAUGUCGCACAACCGUGCCGAGGCCGCGCAGAAGGAGGGACGCUUCGACGCCGAGAUUAUGCCGAUCGAGACUACUGUCCUCGCGGACCCCGAGAAGCCCGACGGCGAGCGCACACCGCUGACCGUUGACAAGGACGAUGGCAUUCGCCACGGCCUCACGAUGGACAAGAUGAUCAAGGCCAAGCCAGCGUUCAAGGGGAUGGGUGACGAGCGGUCGACGGGGCCCAACUCGUCACAGGUGACGGACGGUGCUGCGAUGGCUGUCCUCAUGCGCCGCUCCAAGGCUGAGGAGCUCGGCCUGCCAGUCUUGGCGACGCACAAGGGCACUUCGGUUGUUGGUGUGAGCCCUCGGGUGAUGGGCAUCGGACCCGUUGAGGCUAUCCCUGCCGUUCUCAAGCGUGCCGGGAUUGAGGUCGGCGACGUUGACCUCUUCGAGAUCAACGAGGCGUUCGGGAGUAUGUACGCGUACUGCGUUGAGAAGCUUGGCCUUGACAUUGCCAAGGUCAACCCCAACGGCGGUGGUAUUGCGCUCGGCCACCCCCUCGGCGCAACUGGUGUGCGCCAGGUCGUGACGGGCGUGUCUGAGCUUCGUCGCCGCCAGAAGGAGGGUGAGGCCAAGGGCAAGCAGGUGCUCGUCACCUCGAUGUGCAUCGGCUCGGGCAUGGGUGCCGCCGGCCUCUUUGUUGUGUAA